GAGCAGCAGCUGCCGUGCGCGCCGGGCGCCCAGCGCCGCUGCUCCGCCAGCGCUGCCGCCCGCGCCCCUCGCCUUUGUCCGUGUGCCCCCCCCCCGCCCGCGUCCCGGGGCCCGGCCGGAGCCCACCUCCCGUCCCGGGGCCGGCGGGGCGCGCAGGGGGCGGGGGCCGCGGCUCGCCCCGCUGCCCAUGAGCCGCGGCGGGGCGCGGGGCGCGGGCGGACGAUGGAACUCCACAUCCUGGAGCACCGGCUGCAAGUUGCCAGCGUCGCCAAGGAAAGCCUCCCGCUCUUCACCUACGGCCUCAUCAAGCUCGCCUUCCUGUCGUCCAAGACCAGGUGCAAGUUCUUCAGUCUGACGGAGACCCCGGAGGAUUACACCAUCAUCGUGGAUGAGGAGGGUUUCCUGGAAUUGCCGUCCUCCGAGCACCUGAGCGUGGCCGACGCCACCUGGCUAGCCCUCAAUGUGGUGUCAGGCGGCGGCGGCUUCUCCGGCUCCCAGCCCAUCGGCGUCACCAAGAUUGCCAAGUCGGUCAUCGCGCCGCUGGCCGACCAGAACAUCUCGGUGUUCAUGCUGUCCACGUACCAGACAGACUUCAUCCUGGUACGUGAGCGGGACCUGCCCCUGGUCACCCACACGCUGUCCUCGGAGUUCACCAUCCUGCGGGUGCUCAAUGGCGAAACGGUAGCAGCCGAGAACCUGGGCAUCACCAAUGGCUUUGUAAAGCCCAAGCUGGUCCAGAGGCCCGUCAUUCACCCGCUGUCCAGCCCGAGCAACCGCUUCUGCGUCACCAGCCUGGACCCGGACACGCUGCCCUCCGUGGCCACACUCCUCAUGGACGUCAUGUUCUACUCCAACGGAAUGAAGGACCCCCUGAGCGCCAGCGACGACUGUGGCCACAUCCCCUUCUUCUCCUUCUCGCUCAUCGAGGGCUACAUCUCCCUGGUCAUGGAUGUGCAGACCCAGCAGAGGUUCCCCAGCAACCUGCUCUUCACCAGCGCAUCCGGAGAGCUCUGGAAGAUGGUGCGGAUCGGGGGGCAGCCCCUGGGCUUUGAUGAGUGUGGCAUCGUGGCCCAGAUCUCCGAGCCACUGGCUGCCGCCGACAUCCCCGCCUACUACAUCAGCACCUUCAAGUUCGACCACGCGCUGGUACCAGAGGAAAACAUCCACGGGGUCAUCAGCGCCCUGAAGGUCAGCCAAGCGGAGAAGCACUAGGCGGGAGCGGGGCCCGGUCCCCGGCCGCCCAUGGCCCCCCCACGAGGCCCCUGCAGUAUUUCUCAACGGACUGGAAAAGGGGUCCGGGGCCCCUGAAGAAGGAGGGUCCUGAGAGACGCCCCAGCGACGCCAUCAGGC